AUGGCCGAUUCAACCGAUGCAUUGUCUUCACCGACAGCUACUGCCACCAAGGGCACAAAACGAGAAGCUGAAUUGGAUGAUAUCAGUCCAAUUGAUGAUGAUUCGUCUAAUCACAAAAAUGGCGACUAUCAUGAAGACGACGAAGACGAUGACGAUGUAGGUGGCGAUUAUGAUGAAGAAGAUGGUUCGGAUGAGGACUAUGACGAAGAAGACGACGGAGAAAAUGGUGAAGAGGACGAAGGAGAUUCCAAAGCAUCUGCUGGUAAAUCCAAUUCUCGAAAAGCAGCCGCUGGUGCCUCAGCUGAUAGUGGCGCUGACGAUAGUGGCGAGGAGGAAGAGGACGAUGAACAGGAAUAG